AGAACUGGUUACUCAUGAUAUUAUGAAUAAGCCAAAUUGAUUUAUUGGAGUUGUGUUGCAACAUCUUCGUGAAUAUAAGUAUAACAAAAAUGUUAAUUGGGAUAAUAUAGAUCGAAAGUGAAAAUUUGUGUGUGACAUAAUCUGGUUGAAAGGUGAAAUUAUUAGGCAGUUACAUAUUAACCUCGAAUCACAUUCGAGUAGGCGCUAUCGUCACUAACGAUAGAAAGUCUGCAUAGUGCACUGCACCCACUGUACCUAUUGAAACUUAGUUUCUCUAUAGCCUUCGCGGUGAUUAUACGUUGUGUCUUUGUUCAAUAAUGACUUUACUGAUUGAAACUGCUGUCUGUCUAUCUAUGGCCCCUGAAAGUGAGCAGCUCAGUAGGAGAACUGUUAACAGGAUGUCAGCCACAGGCUUAACAUCAGAAGCUCAGCUUCGCUACUUACUGCAAUGGUUUGGAGAGUUCAGUGAACUGCAGCGAGAGGAUUUCUUGCCUAUACUUGCUGCAGCAUGUGGGGGGCAGCCAGACCAGCUAGCCACCACCCUGGCAGCCCUGUCUUGCCAGGACAAGCCUGUUAGCUUAUUUCAAUGCCGUAUCAAGUUAUUUAAUGAGUGGUAUCCUACUUGGGCUGAGGAGGAACAAGAUAGGCUGGUCAAAGGAAUUUCUGAGAUAGACCCAGAUUUUGGAGAAAAAUUGCAAAACUAUAUUACAAAUGGUCCACCUGUUAAUGGGGAUAUGAAUGGUUUCAUAGAAGUGCAUAAUGAGGAAGCAUUGAAAGAUGAGGAUGAAGCAGGUCAUGUUGAACAUGUAGCUGAAGAAAGUGAGGGGAUCACUCAAGAAAGCCUGCCCUUGGAAAUAGCAGCUGCUUCUUAAUUUCAUAAGUAAUUUAUAUGAAAGUUUAAUUUAUAGAAACUUCUUAUUUAUCUAUGUAAUGUAUGUCUAUGUAUAUAAUAGGGAUGACGACUAAUUUUAAUUUGUUUGUCUGUCAGGUAGAGUGUUAAAAAAUACUAAACACGUAUUUUUUUAUUUUUUUCAUAAUCAUAA